AUGCAUCAGGAGAUUACAGACUCAUUAGUAGAUGCUCAAUCAUCAGCAGAAGAAAGGCCCAGAACCGAAGCAGAAGGCAGGCUUAGCGAGUUGCAAAAGAAAAGGCUUCUUGUAUUACACUUGCUUGGACAGGAAGAAAUGUUUCAGGAGAUUACAGACUCAUUAGUAGAUGCUCAAUCAUCAGCAGAAAAAUGGCCCGGAACCGAAGCAGAAGGCAGGCUUAGCGAUUUGCAAAAGAAAAGGCUUCUUGCAUUACACUUGCAUGGACAGGAAGAAAUGCUCAAUCAGGAGAUUACAGACUUAUUACCUGGAGACGAAGAAGGCGUCGCUCUUCAAGCAAUUGAAUUCUGGAGUUCUAUUUGUCGUAAAGAGAUUAGAUAUAAAGGUUCUAUGCCUGGUGAUUCAGAUACUCAUUCUCGUCGUUUGAUUCAAAAGGCUUUACCUUCGUUGGUUCCUAUGUUGCUUAAAACUUUAUUCAAGCAAGACGAAGAUCAAGAUAAAAAAGACGAUAUCUUGAAUCUUGCAGCGGCUGGAGGAACAUGUUUAGGUCUUGUUGCUAAAACUGUAGGUGAUGCUGUUAUUCCUUUGGUUAAGCCUUUUGUGCUGGAAAACAUAUCAAAGCCUGAUUGGCGAUAUCUUGAGGCUGCCAAACAUGCAUAUGGGUCAUAUCUUGAAGGUGUAACUGUCGAAAAGCUAUCCGAAAUUGAUGAUUUGGAUCUAGAGUACCUGCUUACUGCCAUGAGGGAUCAAAACAGACAUGUGAAAAUUACUGCUGCACGGACACUGAGUCGUAUUUUUCAAUUAGAUCCUCCUCCAGCCACUGUAAUUUCACCCAAGCAUCACAAUAUCAUCAUGGCGGUUCUUCCAGAAAUUGUCAAAGAUUCUCCCGGUGUUCUUACACCAAUGAUAGGAGUUCUCAGAAUUAGCAUGAAAAAACUUUGGGUAACAGAUGAUGAUGAAACUGAGCGCUUUGAUAGAGCAAAAGAAGCUUUGAUAUGUUUGCAAGUAAUAUUUCAGAAACUUGGCAGUACUGAUGAAACUGCCGACUCUACUAUUAAGGCUGCAGCAGCUGAAAUUAUGCAAGUGUUACUUAACAUAUUUGAUAUCAAAAGCCCAACAGUUCAUGAAAAAGCAAAGCUCUCGACAGUUCGUGAAAAAGCAUUUCUUGCUGUUGGUGCUAUAGCUUAUGCUAUUGGACCAGCAUUCGAAGAAUAUACGAAAAGGUUUUUAAGAUAUUUGGUAGCGGGUUUUAAGGAUCAAAGGGUAUGUUCCGUUUGUCUUGGGGUGUUUGGUGAUAUAUGUCGUGCUUUGGAUUACAAGGUGCUACCUUUUUCUCAUGGCAUCAUGCCACGGCUAGUCAAACUUCUUUCGAGUGUGGAUGUGUCUGUUAAGCCUCCAGUUUUUUCAUGUUUUGGUGACCUGGCACUUGCAAUUGGCUCAGAGUCUGAAAGACUUGUGCCUUAUGUGGUGCCACUGAUGGAAGAAGCUGCUAAGAUUGUUGAUGAGGAAAUGGUGGAGUAUGGAAAUCAGUUGAAGCAAAGUAUCUUCGAGGCAUAUUCGGGUCUUUUACAAGGAUGUAGAAGUUCAAAGGCUGAGAUCAUGGAGCCUCAUGUUCCUCAUCUUUUGAAGUUCAUUGAAGCUGUUGUUAAGGAUGCUAAGAGGGAUGAGAGUGUGCUAAAAGCAGCGGUAGUAGUGCUGGGAGAUCUUGCAGAUGCACUUGGUCCAAACGUGAAGAAGUUUGAAAAACAGGUGGCAUUCGGUAGGGAAUUUCUGGGAGAAUGCCUUAAAUCUGAAGACAAACAACUCAAAGAGACUGCCACAUGGACCCUAAGAAUGAUGGAUCCUGUUCGUGUAUUCUCCAAAUGCGGAACUCAAGAUCAAAAAGACGAUAUCGGGAAUCUUCCAGUGGCUGGAGUCAAGCCUUUUGUGCUGAAAAAUAUAUCAAAGCAUUGGCGAUCUUGUGAGGCUGUCAAAUAUGCGUAUGGGUCAUAUCCUGAAGGCUUGAGUGACGAACAGCGAUCCCAAAGGGUUGGUUCUGAUCUAGUUUACCUGCUUCAAGAGGCCAGAGGUGAAAAUAGUGGUGAGAAAGACCGUGCUGUUUGGACACUGAGUCGUCUUUUUGAGUUGUUACACAAUCCAGCCACUUAUACUUCUGAAAUAUCACUCAAUCUUACAAUGCUCAUGGAGGUUCUUGAAUGUUACAUGUACAAAGAUGUUUGUCGGUUUCCCCAUUUUAGAAAGAAGGUCUGUGUGGCCGUUUAUCAUCUUGCGAAAGGGUAUGGGAAGAAGAAGUCACCUGUUCUUGAACCUGAUCAUUAUCCACAUAUCUUAAGGUGUCUUGCUGCAGCUGGUCGAAGUGCCGAUCCAGAGUUAGCGUCUGCUGCUUAUAAAGCAGUGAAUGAGCUUGUUAAGUAUUCUAAUCCUGACGGAUCAUCUCAAAUGUGA